CUUACUAGCCCGACGCUUCAUCCCAAAAAAACGCCAACUCAACCGCAAACCGGACAGCAAGCUUUGUCAAAACCAUCUUCACUCCCCCUUUAUCAUUUACAAGCGGUCACUCGGCGGAAUGGCUUCAAAUAUCGCUACAGGCAAUACAACCGGCCAAGACAAUGACAAUGAUGAAAACCAACAGUCGGAACCAAUCAAUAAAAAGGUCCCAGCAAAUGAGGAAUUUUUUGAGUUUUACCGUCUAGAGUGGCAUGCGUUACUUGGGAAUUACAUUCGCAAAGGGGCUGAAAUAAGGUGGCCCGACAGACGCGUCCAAAACAAAUUCUUCGCAUGGACUUUGAGUACGGGUAAAGUGCAAGAUGAAAGUCCGGAACAGCAUCUCGAGGACGACGAUUCGAAACGCUCUGGCCAUGAUUCGUCCAUAGCUUCCACCGGUUCGGUACACACUUCAGACGAGACCAAUGACGGCAGAACUGAAAGAAGCAUGAGAGAAAUGGCCAAGGUAGUUGCGGAAGAGCGGACGGACACUGACGAGUCUACCAAUACCAACAAGCCUCCACCUGCAACUCCACCACGACCAGCUUCUCCGGAACGUGCUUCUCCUGCACCAGAACCCUCCACAACCACCCGGCAAAAUGUUGAAGAGGGGAACGUGCGUCCGAUCGAAAGGCUUGAGUACCAGUGCCAGUGGCAUAUGUGGAAGUACAACGUCCUGGAUGCCGCCAACCAGAGGCAUGAGUGACUACCUUUUAGACUUCGGGGUCGAGUCAUCACCCGCAUCAGUGAAGACAACACGUCAGCCGACGUCUGGAACCUGCUGCACACGCUGUUAGAGCCGGACAACAUGCUCUACGGCAUGCGGCUGAAGAUUGAGUACGACAACUGCGUGCGUUCCAACUAUGACUCCGUCGAGGCCUUCACUGACGACCUGCUGCUCAAAUGGCACUGCUGCGGUAACGCGCACUGGACAAUUCAGGCUAUGGACGUGGCUAUCAAGCUGGUCAUGGAGAUGGAAGACGAGGUCCCGAUAUGGUGCAGGCAAGUUCGUCAAAGGUGGCAGGAAGCCUCGUUGACGCCUGAAGCCUUC